AUGGAUGUCAGUAAUGAAACUGCUCCAUCUGAAUUCAUCCUUCUGACAUUUUCAAACAGUUAUGAAUGGUGUUUCCUCCUUUCUGGAUUUCUCCUCAUCACAUAUCUCUUCACACUGAUGGGGAAUAUUCUCAUCAUCACUCUUGUCUCCAUAGAACCAAGCCUUCAAACUCCCAUGUACUUCUUCCUCUGUAACCUAUCCCUCCUGGACAUCUGCCAGACUACAACCACUAUUCCACAGAUAAUUGUGCACCUGAUUUCAGGAAGAAAUGCCAUCUCAUAUGAAAGAUGCAAGGUUCAACUCUUUUUCUUCAUCUUAUUCAUUGGUACUGAGACCCUUCUGUUGGCUGCCAUGGCUUAUGAUCGUUACGUUGCCAUCUGCAAUCCUCUCCGCUAUAAUGUGGUCAUGAAUUACAAACUCUGUGCCCAACUGGUGUCAGCUUCUUGGUUCACAAGUUCACUCAACACCACCAUUCACACCCUUAUCACAUUCCGCCUGCCCUUUUGUGGUAUGAAUAAGAUCAACUACUUCUACUGUGACAUCCCUCCUCUUGUAGCUAUCUCCUGUGGGGACAUCUCAAGCAGUACUAUUGCCCUGCUGGCUACUAGUCCCAUAGUGGGGUUUGGACCAGGUAUGUGUGUCCUCCUUUCCUAUAGUCACAUCAUCAUGAGGGUUCUGAAAAUGCAUUCUUCAGAUGGGAUGAGGAAAGCCUUUUCAACUUGUGCUUCUCAUCUCACUGUUGUCUUGCUUUUUUAUGGCAGCUGUCUUUUUACAUAUGUCAGGCCCUUCUCCAGCUACUCAUUGAACAAGGAUAGAAUGAUUGCCCUCUUUAAUAACAUUCUCUCCCCUUUGUUGAACCCACUGAUUUACACCCUCAGGAACAAAGAUGUGAAGGGGGCAUUACAGAAGAGAAUGAUGAAGAAAAUGUUGUCCUGA